AUGUCGGAAUCCCCGCUCCCCUCACCCCGGCGCCCGUACUUUGGCGCCACCGGGGGUCCGAGUGGUCCUUCCUCUCCUCGACCCUCCCGGACCAGCUAUGGUUUCUCGCCGACCCUCCCUCAGACCGCCUUCCCCAGCACCAGCUCCGACAUAGCGUUCCCUUCAGCACAGAGCCGCCUACCACCCAUCAAUACCACGGUGCGGCAUGCGCUCCUGUCCCCUCAGCUGUCCACCCCCGUUGAUCAUGCUGGAGGUCAGCAGCUCCAGUACGUCUUCCCGGACAUGUCCUCCCCGCGACCGUCUCUUUCCUCUCCUCGCGGUCCGGCGGCGGAUUUACCCCCUCGCUCUCGUCGCAACUCGGCCGCUAUUGUCUCCAUCUCCCUCAGCACCCGCAGUCGGUCGCGCACACCCCGCGGCAGUCAUGCCGGACUGAACGGCAGCGGCACGCUCACGCCCAGUCGCUCGUCUAAUCUUACGCCGAGGAACGAGGAUGCCGUCCUCGUGCAGAUGGGCGAACCCCGCCAGGCGGAUGCGGACGUCUUUGAGAAGUGGGAGCCUGCGGGUGGGAUCAUACUGGGUGAUAUGGACGAGGAUGACUCGGCGAUAGAUGACGACCAGUAUGGUGGGGAAGAGUACGACCGGUCCUGGACGGGCCAGUCGGAAGGCCCGGCUCGGGACAUCAUGCGUCCCGGGAUGCUGUUCGGCGAGGGCUUGGAGUUCCACGGCGAGAAGAUCCAGCCGGCAGUAGGCAAGGUCGCGGAUGGGGCUGGGAUCUUACCUCUGCGGAGAGAUGGAAGUGGGGUUGGGCAGAAGCGGCGACCAGGCCUGCAGGAGCCGGAAGAUGAGACAAAGAAGCGGUAUGAGGUGGUCAGGCCUUUAGGGAGCGGGAGCUAUGCGGUUGUGUACCUUGUUAGAGAGAAGGGCGGUCGGAAGCGUGAAUACGCUUUAAAGUGUCUAUCCAAGCAAGAUCUCACGGACGAACAAAUCGAAACUCAACUAUUUGAAGCCACCAUCCACCUCUCCCUCCCCAUCCAUGCCAACAUCGUCACUCUCCACCAAACCCUCCAGACCAAACACUGGCUCUUCCUCAUGCUCGAACUCUGCCCGGGCGAGGAUCUCUUCUACUGGCUCGAGAAAUCGCGAGACGCCUCGCCUCCGCCGGUCAACGCAAACCUACCCGAGGAGACCUCGCAUCACCCCUCCUCAUCCUCCAAGUUCUCCUCCUCAUCCAUCCCUUUCUCGUCCAGUCAGCUCUUUGGCGGGAUGAGCCACAUGUCUAUGGGCAUGUCCAGUAGCCAGACCUCCACGCCGUUCCUCCACGGCCAAUCCCCCGCCUCUCUCCUCUUCUCUCACCACAACGGAAACGGGCAUCAUUCAUCGUCAUUUGCCGCCCAGACACCACCUACUCCCUCGCUCCUCUCGGCGUUCGCUGCCAACACCCUUCUCUCCACCCGCCGACUCCGGCUUAUCGCUUCCAUGUUCUCGCAAAUGUGCGAAGCUGUCUCGGUAUGCCACGACGCCGGUGUUGCGCAUCGCGAUAUCAAGCCUGAGAACUUUAUCUGCUGCGAUUCGGUCGAGCUCGAAGUUGUUGCCGAGGGGCAAGAGGAUGAGGGCGGUUUCGGUCCGCAGGCGAAGCGCAAGGUGGUGGUCAAGUUGACGGAUUUCGGAUUGGCGACGACUGAGGAAGAUAGUGGGGAUGUGGAAUGUGGGAGCAAGCCAUACAUGUCCUAUGAAUGCCGAAACAACCUCGGACCAACCUACAUGCCGGCCCUAGCCGACGUUUGGUCACUCGGUAUCGUCCUCAUCAACAUGCUCUUCCACCGCAAUCCUUGGAAAGACCCGACCGAGGGCGAUCCGAACUUUGACAACUUUCUCCACGAUCCCACCGGAUUCUUGCUCUCCAAAUUCACCGGUAUCGGGCGGGACGUUGCGACCUACCUGGCGGAGCAUGUGCUCUGCCUCGACGUCGAGAACAGAGUCACGGCGGGACAGUUUGGCAAAUGGGUCAAGAGCUUGCCGGAGAUGAUUGGCGGGAAGCGCGCGAUGCUUCACAUCAAGACGGAGCGGAGGGAGCGGAAGGAAAGGGAGCGGGUGCACAAGUGGGAAGAUGGGAAUGGGGCGAUGGCGGCCCCGGGCAUGUUUGUCAAGAGCCCGAUUGGCGGGGUCGGAGGUCAGGAGAGGAAGGUGUCGGCCUCGGCUUUGACGAGCACGGCGCCAACAUCGGCUAUCCCCAUCGGUACAUCCCUCACCACAACUACCAGCAGUACUGCCUCAUCCAACACCCCUACGUUGUCGGCGUCGAUCCGGCCACUCGCCCCCGCCAUUCCCACGGAGGAAGAGGAAGGCGGCGACCACACCCCUGAGCUGGACGACGAGCUCACCUCGGCCACAACAAACGACGAACAGCCUACACCCGUCGACAGUACUACCAUGUACUCGCCCGGCCAGUCUGAGCGGGGCGAGGAAGGACCCAUUGGCGAUGGCGAGUCGGACGCCCGGUCGUUGUCAACCAACAAGCGGCGGAAGCGAGGCGUCCGAAAGGGCAAGGCGGCGCAAGCAGCUUUGGCGGCAGCAGCGGCUGGAGAGCACCCAUCGACCAAGGAAGAGCGCGAUGCUCUUCUCGCAGAACUCGCUGCGGCGUCCCAGUCGCUUGCUCGGGAUCUCUCCAAAGGUCCCAAGAAGGAGGAUCUCGACUUCAACCGGGUCGAAGACUUCCCUCCUCUGGGCACGAGUCCCGCCCAGGUCGCUCAGGCGAAAAAGAGCCGCUGGAAGAAUCUCAUGAAGACGUCCGACUCAUCGGCCAAUCCGGAACUUGCAGCUCUGGCUCGUCGCGUGGCGGAGCGGGAUGCCGGGUCGGGAGGGAACUGGUCAGCCCCCGCCAAGCUGCAGGGCCACCCAGACUCAAAGCGCUCGCCUUUCAGGGGCAGUGCCGGUCCCGCAUCCGCUUACUCGAGCUUUGGUCAGGUCUCUUCCGCAUCCGCCACGUCGAGUAUGUCUGGCGCGGAGGAAGACGAUUGGCGGAGGAGGCCGCGGAGGGAAGCCAGGCGGGACGAGAGUCUGGACAGGGCGAGGAGGGCGGCGGCGGCAGCGGCGGCUAUCACGGGUGGUCUGGACGGGAUGUCGAUGGGGUCAUUUGGCAAGCCGCCCAUGCGCCCUCCGGGUCUCAACAGCUCGCUUCAUCGCGCUCACAUUCCCUCUACCUCGCCCCCCUCGCUCACCUCCCGCUAUACCGCGCCGGACUCUAUUUCCCUCCAGACGGUACGGUCCGGAUACAGUGGGCAGUCGGUGUCAUCGACUACGCAGGCAGCGACGCAUCAGAUUCAGCCAGUCGCUCCUCCCAGGCAGAGCUCGGCGUCCAUCGAGAGCAGCCGCACAAUCGUGGGACCGACCGUUGGCAAGGCGGAUGCGGCGGAGCCGAGUAGGCCUAAGAUCAAGGGGCAGAUACAGAGUCUGGCGAAGAUGCUCAGUGGGCUGAAGACCAAGGGGAAGGAGUAA